AUGAAGAACUUAACAUAUAUUUUAUUGCUCAUAUUGCAAUUAUUUACAGUGUUAGCUCAUUCAUAUUCACCAAAUCCACGAUCUGGCCAUUUAUCAGCAUUUAUUAAUAAUAAAUUAUAUUUUAUUAGUGGCUCGACUACACUAGAUAGAGCUGUUAUUUCAAAAGAUUUCUUUUAUAUUGAUUGUUCUAUGAACUUUAAUAGUUCAAUUGAUAGUAUUCCUUAUACAAGUCUUUCAGAUUUAGCUGGAAUUCCAAGCAUUGAUGUAGCUGGUUCUUCCGUCGUUGGUCCUUAUAAUGAUAUAAUAUUAACUUUUGGUGGUGUAGGAAUAAAUAAUAGUUAUGGUUAUCAGUUAAUAUACACUUUUGACACAAAUAAUUCAACUUGGAAUUCUUUAACAACAAAUGGAAUUCAACCACCGAUAAGGAAAGGUGUUCGACCUGUAUUUACUUAUGGAAGAUUAUAUGCUUUCGGAGGAUUUGAUAAUAUUGCUGGAACAUAUUAUAAUUCUCUAGAUAUGUUAAAUAGUAUUGGAUUUGUUUGGUCAAAUAUUACUUUAUUAGAUGCCCCUUCUGGAAGAGAUGGCUAUGCAUCUGCUUUAUUGUCGGAUGGUAAUAUCUUAUAUUUAGGUGGAUAUGUAUCUGGUCAAACUACUGGCUUAGAUACUGUUUAUUUAUAUAAUACGAAUAAUAAUUCAUGGCAAAAUGUGUCUACAGUUGGUACACUUCCUGAAAGCCGUGGAUAUUUUACUUCCGUAUUAAAAAGCAAGCAAGGUGAUUAUAACCAUCCUGCAACACCAACUUUAGUUGUAUUAGAUUUAAGUUCGAAACCUUUUACAUGGAUCUCGCAAAUAGUAACUGGUGAUUUUACACCACCUUCUUUGCUUCUUCAUACUGCAAAUGUUGUUAAUAAUUAUAUGAUCUUAGCAUAUG